ACCUGGGUAGACACAGAAGCCGGAAACAGAGGGCUGGGGCAGCGACUGCUUACACUGAGGAGGAAGGACAGGGAGAGGAUUGUGUGUAUGUGUGUGUACUUUUUCUUUUUGGUGGUGGUGGUGGUGGAGGGGAGGUGCUGGCAGGGCCAGCCCUGAACUCGCUGGACAGAGCUACAAGCCCAUGGCCUUGCAGUGCCUGCUGAAAGAGGGAGAAGACAGCAGAGGGGUUGCCAAGAUGCCCUCCAAGCCCCAGAUCAUGUCUCUGUGGGGGUUGGUAUCCCAGAUGCCCCCAGAAAAACUGCAGCGGCUCUAUGUUGACUUUCCCCAUCACCUGCGGCAUCUCCUGGGUGACUGGCUGGAGAACCAGCCCUGGGAGUUCCUGGUUGGCUCAGAUGCCUUCUGCUGCAACAUGGCCAGCACCCUACUUUCUGCCACUGUCCAGCACCUUCAGGCCUCAGCCAGGAAGCCAGGGGAGGGGAGCACCAUCUUGCAGCACAUCAACACCCUGGAGAGCAUAUAUCAGAGGGACCCCCUGAAGCUGGUAGCCAUUUUCAGACAAAUACUUCAAGGGGAGAAAAAAGCUGUUAUGGAGCAGUUCCGCCACUUGCCAAUGUCCUUCCACUGGAAACAGGAGGAACUCAAGUUUAACACAGCCCUACAGAGGCUACGACACCGAGUGGGGGAAAGCCGCCUUCUCCGAGAAGCAUUGCAGCAGAAGGCUGAGGCCGGCCAAGUGUCUCUGCACAGCUUGAUAGAAACUCCUGCCAAUGGAACUGGGUCAACUGAGGCCCUGGCCACAUUGCUGCAGGAGACUGUUGGAGAGUUGGAGGCGGCCCAGGCCCUGGUGCUGAAGAGGAUCCAGAUUUGGAAACGGCAGCAGCAGCUGGCAGGGAAUGGCGCACCGUUUGAUGAGAACCUGACCCAACUACAGGAGAGGUGUGAAAGCCUGGUGGACAUUUAUUUCCAGCUGCAGCAGGAGGUGGGGGCAGCUGGUGGGGAGCUUGAGCCCAAGACCCGGGCGACCCUGAUUAGCCGGCUGGAUGAAGUCCUGCAAACCCUCGUCACAAGCUCUUUCCUGGUGGAGAAGCAGCCCCCCCAGGUUCUGAAAACUCAAACCAAGUUUCAGGCAGGAGUUCGAUUCCUGCUGGGCCCACGAUUCCUGGGGACCCCAGCCAAGUUUCCGCUGGUCAGGGCUGACAUGGUGACGGAGAAGCAGGCGAGGGAGCUGAGCAGCCCCCAGGGACCCGGGGCUGGAGUAGAAAGCACUGGGGAAAUCACCAACAACACUGUGCCCUUUGAAAACAUGGGCUCCGGGAACUGCUGCUCUGCCCUGUUCAAGAACCUGCUUCUGAAGAAAAUCAAGCGGUGUGAACGGAAGGGCACGGAGUCAGUCACGGAGGAGAAGUGUGCUGUGCUCUUCUCUACCACCUUCAUGCUCGGCCCCAACAAACUCCCCAUCCAGCUGCAGGCUCUAUCUCUGCCCCUGGUGGUCAUCGUCCAUGGCAACCAAGACAACAAUGCCAAAGCCACCAUCUUGUGGGACAAUGCCUUCUCUGAGAUGGACCGUGUGCCCUUUGUGGUGGCUGAGCGGGUGCCUUGGGAGAAGAUGUGUGAGACUCUGAACCUCAAGUUCAUGGCCGAGGUGGGCACCAACCAGGGGCUACUACCAGAGCACUUCCUCUUCCUGGCCCAGAAGAUCUUCAACGACAACAGCCUCAGCAUAGAGGCCUUCCAGCACCGUUCUGUGUCCUGGUCACAGUUCAACAAGGAGAUCCUGCUGGGUCGUGGCUUCACCUUUUGGCAGUGGUUCGAUGGUGUCCUGGACCUCACCAAACGCUGUCUCAAGAGCUACUGGUCAGACAGGCUGAUCAUUGGCUUCAUCAGCAAACAGUACGUCACCAACCUUCUUCUCAACGAGCCUGAUGGAACAUUCCUUCUUCGCUUCAGCGACUCCGAGAUCGGAGGCAUCACCAUUGCCCACGUCAUCCGGGGCCAGGAUGGGUCCCCACAGAUAGAGAACAUCCAGCCGUUCUCUGCCAAAGACCUGUCCAUUCGCUCACUGGGAGACCGAAUCCGGGACCUUGCUCAGCUCAAAAACCUCUACCCCAAGAAACCCAAAGAUGAGGCUUUCCGGAGCCACUACAAGCAUGAACAGAUAGGUAAGGAUGGCAGGGGUUACGUCCCAGCUACCAUCAAGAUGACUGUAGAAAGGGACCAGCCACUUUCCACCCCAGAGCCCCAAAUGCCUACCAUGGUGCCCUCUUAUGACCUUAGAAUGGCCCCCGACUCCAUGAACAUGCAGCUCAGCCCAGAUAUGGUGCCCCAGGUGUACCCACCACACUCUCACUCCAUCCCCUCAUUUCAAGCCCUCCCCCGGGAAGAAUCCGUCAAUGUGCUGCCAGCCUUCCAAGAACCUCGCUUGCCGAUGUCCUCCAACCUGAACCAGAUGAGCCUGCCCUUUGACCAACCUCACCCCCAGGGCCUGCUGCUGUGCCAGUCUCAGGAGCAUGCCAUAUCCAGCCCUGAGCCCCUGCUCUGCCCUGAUGUGACCAUGGAGGACAGCUGCUUGAGCCAGCAAGUGGGAGGGUUUCCUCAAGGCACCUGGGUCGGUGAAGACAUGUUUCCGCCUUUGCUGCCUCCCACUGAACAGGACCUCACUAAGCUUAUCCUGGAGGGGCAGGCGGAAUCAGGAAGAGAGUCUUUGGGAGCCCAGCCCCUCCCGCAGCCCUCCCCCUAUGGGCAGUCUGUGAUCUCAAUGUCCCAUCUGGACCUAAGGCCCAACCCCAGUUGGUAAUCCCAGCUGGAGGGGGAGCUCAGCAAGUCAGCUUUUCUACCCCCAUGGACCUGCUCUGGACCCUGCCCGUGCUGCCGCCGAGCAGCGGUUGGGGAGAGUGUCCUGCUACCCCCACCUACUCCCUCGUGAAGAGGAAGACUUUGCCAGGAGAAGGCACAGUGGGUGGAGCCUAUCCACUCCUCCCCUCCUGCCACACACCCCUGCCCUCGCCCUUCCAAUAGUGGAAGAGACAUUCGGGUUCCAAAGUGAGACACGCCCCAGCAUGCCUGAACACACAGAACACACACGUAGCUCUCCCUGAGAGAUGGGGCUGAGAAGGAAGGGGGCUGGGCAAGAGCACAGGUUAAAGCAUGGAGGGCUUCUCCUCCCACUCCCAGCCAGGACCCACGAUGCACGUGUAGAGAAAGGCAGAUGUGUGCACCCACUUGCACUAGAGGCUGGGGGUGGCGAAGCGGGUGGGCUGGGUCCUAGCCCUGGGGGGAUGAGGAAGCAGUUCAGGAGACCCUGGGUGGGAGCAGGAGAGGGGCCUGUACAUUUAGUUACUGAUGUGGGUUUUGCCCAGAUUAAAAAACAAAUCCCAAACAUCACUAGAUUCCUGACAGUCAGAUGGAGGCUUCCGAUUGUGCAUGAUGGUGCUGCAGCACAUGGGCUGAGUGUCUUGGUGCUCUGUUAGUGUACUUGAGACUUGUUAACAUACAGAUGUCACACAUUAGUCAUAUAGCCACACAGAACAUUAUAUGAUUUUGCCUCUGACCAUGCAAGUUUUGAAGUGUGAGACACUGCACAAAAGGCACUGGUGAGCAUGCUGGCCUCUGAUGCAUGCCAACCCAGGUGUGCUCAGGUGGGCUUAUGUGGCUGUGACAACACUGCCAACACUGCUGGACGCCGGGGUGAGUCUGGGGCCAGGCCCAGGUGUGUGGUCCUCUCCGUGUACUAGGGACCCUCCCCACUGCUUCGUUUCUAUCUCCCAGCCAUCGACAGUUUCCCUCUGCCCCCAUACCACCCUUUCUCCCUCUUGGUGGGGGGUCAUAGAUCAUAAGCCAUAAAAUAAAUUUUAUUCCAAAAUAACAAAAUAAAUAAUCUACUGUACACGA